AUGGAACUUAUUGAAACGGACAUUCGCAAGACAACUCAAGACCCAGAAGAGCAGAGUCUCUUCCUCAUCAACGCAUGGCCCACUCUGGAUGCAACGGAUUCAUCACAAGACGACUUUGACAAACUCUCGGGCAUCCACUGCAUGGUGGUCCUGGUCCGGAUGAUCAACAGCAUGCUUCCCGCCGAGGACAGAGAACAACGAUCUACGUCACGGCGCAACGACGUCAACCCCUUCAUGACGCGGACACGGCGCAAUGCGCCGCAAAACCUCAAGAGCGACCCCUUUGUACGGAUGAUUAAGAAAUGGGGGCCACAAUGCGAAUCCCUCAAGUUUCGGAACCUCGUGCAGGCGGAGCGCAUGAAUUCGACCCUCUGGGCAAGGCAUGAUCAGGGCUUGUUCGACAAGAUGAUCUGGCACCCUGAAAAAGGCGUUCGAGUAGACGCCACUGUCUUCCGAUGCGACGGCUCGCCGUACCCGCCGCCAGUCUCCGACGAGUACGCCAGACUUGACUGGAAAGUCGGCGCGCCAGGUCACACCUACUUUCUGCUGUAUUUUGUUGCGGGAAAACACUUUACAAGUGUUCGGAGCGAGAUUGCAGCCAACACCGCAAGCCGUCCCCCGAACCGGGGCGGUCCCAACGCGCCUCCCAGCCGUCCCCCGAACUGGGGCGGUCCCGGUGCGCCUCCUGGCCCUACGUGGUCUCAACAGCAGCAACAACAACAGCAGCGGCGGCCUCCGCCUCCUUAUCAGAAUCGAGACCCAGGCUCGUAUGGCCCCCAGCAGCAACGACAGCAAGAGCCAUCGUACAAUUACGGAGGAGAGUACGAAGACUACUACGACGACUAUGACGACUAUGACGACUAUGACGAUGGCCCUCGUGGACGCCCGCAGCAGCAGCAACGCCCUGGCCCUACGUGGCAGCAGCAACACCGGCAAGAGCCGUCGUAUGAGUACGGAAGAGACUACGACGACUACUAUGACAGUGGUCCUCGCGGACAGCCGCAGCAGCAGCAACAUCGUGGCCCAACGUGGCCCCAGCAACAACCGCCCCGGGGGGGUCAAGGUUACUACGGCUAUAACAACUGA